GCCAGGCGCAGGCUGCGAUGCACUUCAAGGAGACAGGUCCUGAGGGCAGCAACCAAUUGAAGACUGGUGGUUUGAUUGCAUUUGCGAUAUUGCCUUUGUUUCUGAACGCUGCUGGAUGAUUUAUUGAUCAUGCGCAAUGCAUGACUGGAGUUUGUUUUAAUGAAAAGCUCAGAAGAAGGGAUUUCUGCUCGUCUCAGUUGGAACUUGUAUCUCUUGCAGAUUACAACUUGGAGUUCAAGGCAUGGAGACCCAUGAGGCCCUACAAAGAGCAGACUUCUCCGCCGCAGGUAGCUAGUUCUCACCUGCUGCUGGGCUGCUCCCUCCGACUCAAACCUCGGCCAGAACCACCGGGAUUUUAAAAGUCCUCAUUGGCGCCCCUCUGCGCAUCCUGAGGGGGCACAAUGGGGGAAAGACGAGCGCGCUCCUUUCACAUGACCUGCCAUGUGCAGCGGGACUACGGCAGCAGGAUGCGGAGCUCCUUCAUACGCUGCAGCCCCAACGGAUGUGCCGGCACAAGCAUCAGCCUCAGCUUGGACCAGGAGAUGGACCUGGCUGCCUCCACCGGUCCCACUGCCGGCUGCGGUGCCUUGCGGGUCCCCGGGCCUGACGUCGGCCACUACUCGCCGGUUUCGCUGGAGAUGGACCCCCCGGCGGUGAAUAAUGGAUCAGGCUUCCCCUGCUUACCUCCAGCUGACACAAAGGAUCCAGAGCUGCAGAUCGCACACAGCCAGCCGUCCGUCACCCCCGUCCCGCCGCCUCUCCCUCGCUCCAGCUGGCUGCGCCAUCAUCAGAAGGAGUUCCAGAGUCCUUACAUCAAGACUAGCAUGCAGGGGGAUGUUUACAACUUUCUAGAAAGACCCGCGGGGUUGAAAUGCUUCCUCUACCACUUUCUAGUCUUCCUCAUGGUCUUGGUGUGUCUUAUCUUCAGUGUUCUGUCCACAAUAGAACAAUAUGCAGACUUUGCUUCAGGAACGCUCUUUUGGAUGGAGAUCGUGCUGGUUUUGUUCUUUGGCACCGAGUAUGUGGUCCGGUUGUGGUCCGCCGGCUGCCGCAGCAAAUAUGCGGGCAUCAAGGGACGCCUCCGCUUUAUCAGGAAGCCCAUAUCAAUCAUAGAUUUAAUAGUUGUGAUUGCCUCCAUCAUUGUGCUCGGCGUGGGGUCAAACGGUCAGGUGUUCGCCACGUCCGCCAUCAGGGGCAUCCGCUUUCUGCAGAUCCUCCGCAUGCUGCAUGUGGACCGACAAGGAGGGACAUGGCGGCUGCUGGGAUCCGUCGUCUUUAUUCAUCGACAGGAGCUGAUCACCACCCUGUACAUCGGCUUCCUGGGUCUGAUCUUCUCCUCGUACUUCGUCUACUUGGCGGAGAAGGACGCCGUGGACGAGGAGGGCAAGACGGGCUUUUCCAGCUACGCCGACGCGCUGUGGUGGGGCGUGGUGACAGUCACCACCAUCGGAUAUGGAGACAAAAUUCCUCAGACGUGGAUAGGGAAGGCCAUUGCCUCCUGUUUCAGUGUCUUCGCUAUCUCUUUCUUUGCUCUACCUGCUGGGAUUUUGGGUUCAGGAUUUGCCCUCAAAGUCCAGCAGAAGCAGCGACAGAAGCACUUCAACAGACAGAUCCCUGCUGCGGCCUGCCUCAUCCAGACACUCUGGAGGUGUUACGCUGCGGAGAAACCAAACGGCUGUGCUGCUACGUGGAAAAUGUACGUCUUGACUCCAGAGGGCGUGGCCGCAGCUCAAGCAGACAACGGCAGUCCGAGCAUCAAGAAGCUCAACCUGGCGAAAAAGGGGACUAAAAGACGGCUGAAGUCCAAAGGAACCGGAUCUUUGGGUGUUGCCUCAGAGAGGGCCGUGUCGAUCCCUCAAAUCACCUAUGAUCACAUUGACGACUCGGAGGAAAAGAAGGACGUCUCGUUUUUCAUCAAAGAGCCAAGGGGGACAGCUGAAGGGAUUACCAGGAUGUUCAGGAAAACAGGCCCUCCUCACCACUCUUGGUCAUCUUUCACUCUGAGCUGCCCUGCUUCCCCAGUAAAGGGGAGUGGCAAUAAAAGCACGUCCAUAGACAUCUCCCGCGCCAACAGCCUCACCGAUGACCUAGAUGACAUGAGUGAGGAUAUUCCCUUGCCGGUGGUCACCAACAAGAACCAACAAAUAAACCCAGAGACGUCGGGCUUUGCUGAAAUGUUGUUUGGUUUGAUGUCGGCAGCAGGACGUGACCUUCACGGCUACGCAAGACCAGCUCAAAUUCUCAGUCUCCCUUUCUGUCACCAUUUUGGCUCAACUUUUUUUUUGGGGUGGGGGGCCUGAAAAUGAAAACGGUUAGCCGCACGUUCCUUCAUCUGUCAGAUUGGUGUGUUUCCUGCCACUCAGCACGUGCGAUGUUCCUCGUCAGAGGGAGGUGUUAAAAAAAAAAAAUAAUAUAUUGACUCAACUGAUAGCAGGUACUCUGUGUACGUGCAUGUGUCUUUUUUUUUUCUAUAGCUCCAUUACCUUUUUUUCGCCUUACUGUAGGUCAAGCCCUGCUCUCUUUUCCUCUCCCUCCCUCCCUCCGUCUCUCUCUUCGUCUCUUUCACGUUUGGGCCGGACUCGUUACAAGUAGGAGCAGUUGUCAGUUUCAGGAAAUGCACUGCGCUCUGUUGGGAAGUGAGGUAUCUGCCUUUGGGCCAGCUAUUUCUUUUCUUUUUUUCUUUUCACUGUUUUUCAUUUUAUCGACCGCUUACGGGAACACAACACCUCCCCCUCCUCCCUUUCUUUUGUCCUGACUGCCAUAAGAAAGAAUAAUAUCAAAGAGAAUCACUCAAUGGGUUUAGCUUUCUGAGCAACACGUUAUGUUCUGUGUGGCGUUCACCUUCACGCCAUCAAAAACACAUGUUGUGUAGUCGUCCGUUUUCAUGCAGGAAAAGUGUUUCGCUGCUGGAGGCUCCGCUGCCUGAUCUGCGGGGUUGAAAUGCACCAAAAAUGUAAUGAAGACAAAGCUGGACGUCUCCGGUUCGGGGGGGCUCUGAUGCAGCUUGGAAAGGCAGAGGGAGUCGUUUUGAGUGCAUACAGGAUAUUGUAGUACACGGGAGCUCAGAUUCUUCCUCGGGCCGUUUGGCUCGGCGGGCUCCGACGACGGGAACGAUGACAUAAUAACAAACGUGAAAAGAUUUACUCCAGGACAGAUGGUGUCGAGCCAGUGUGUGUGUGUGCGCAUGCGCGGGAGAGAGAAUCGCCUCGUAAAUGUUUUCGACUUGUUUUGCUCCGUCCGAAAUCGCUCCGCCUGCUUAUCGUCAGGCUCUGGCUGCAGUUGGCGGCUUCAGUGGACCGGCUGUAAUCUGAUCGAUCUGUCAGCUCUACAGAAAUCACCCCUUUUUUUUUCAGUUAAAACCCCCACACCCAAAAAAAAAAAAAAAAAAAAACAACUGCAGUGAUGUUAUUUAAAGAAGGAAACGGCCCGCGUACAAGAAAAAACCUUCUCCAGUGCUGAUUUGCACACAUAUUUUUAUAGGAAGCAACUUUUGGUGUUGAAAGUUGAAAGUUUGUCUUUCAUGAACAAACUGCGUUGUAAUUAGGGGGAAGAUGUUUGCGUGUUAGUGUGUGUGUGUGGAACAGAUUUGUCUGGUGUUUGAGGCUCGGAGAGGAAAAACACAUGCGAGGAGGAGUGCAGUUGUAAGCAGAGGCUCAUCUCACAGGGUUGUCAGGAGCAUUAAACCAGGCUGUUUGUCACACGCCAGCGUCCGCGGCGCCCGUCCACUUGCUCCGCACCCUGCCUCCCGCCUCCAUGCUGCCGCCGAGGCCCAGUGACCCUCGGCGGGAAAUGGGGGAGUUUAUCGUGACGACGCGUAUGGAGAAAAGGAGACUAAAGACAGAUUUAUUGUUGUGGAAAUAAUAAAUCUGUUUGGAAGAAAAGACUGACCUUAUUGACAGAAAGGACCAGCUUCUACCUUUUUGUUCUUUAUUCAAGUCUUGCACUUUUCAGCAGCUCUAAAAUAAAUACAAUAUAAUUGUUUUCCUCGGUUGUUAAAUUUAAAAGUUUAUUUAAACAUUUUGGUGGAAAAUUUUGUAAUUUAAAAAGACCCUGAAUUUUAAUUGUGUGCAUUCCACUGACUUAACAAACAAAUAAAUCACACAUUAAAAGCAGCAAAAGCCACUUCUCUGCCAUUUUCCAGACAAGAUUUUGGUUUAAAAAUGUCAAAGUUCUUCCUGGUCAUUUUCUAUUUUCUCACCAGGGAAUAUUUUCAAUAUUUUUUUCGUGAAACCUUUGCGUGUGCAUGCCUUCACAUCUGGG